GAGGAGGAGAGGGACGGGAGCGGAAGCGGCGGCGGAGGGUAUCAUCAUGCACUUCUCCAUCCCGGAGACCGAGACCCGCGCCGGGGACGGAGGGAGCGGCGGCGGCGGCGGCGGCGGUUCCUCCUCUGGCGCCUACGUGGCCUACAGCAUCCACGUCAACGGGGUCCUCCACUGCCAGGUGCGCUACAGCCAGCUGCUGGGGCUCCACGAACAGCUGAGGAAGGAGUUUGGGGCCAGCGCGGUCCCCCCGUUCCCCCCGAAGAAGAUCUUUGCCCUCACUGCCGCGGAAGUGGAGCAGCGGAGGGAGCAGCUGGAGAAGUACAUGCAGGCGGUGCGCCAGGACCCCCUCCUGGGAUCCAGCGAGAUCUUCAACAGCUUCCUGCGCAAAGCCCAGCAGGAGACCCAGCAGAUCCCAACAGAAGAGGUCUGGCUGGAGGUGAUCCUCUCCAACGGGCAGAAAGUGAAGGUCAACAUUCUCACCUCUGACCAGACCGAGGAUGUCCUGGAGGCCGUGGCCACCAAGCUGGACCUGCCAGAGGACCUGAUAGGCUACUUCCACCUCUUCCUGGUGCGAGAGGCAACGGAUGGGGCCUUUUCCUUCGUCCGGAAGCUGCAAGAGUUUGAGUUGCCUUAUGUGUCAGUCACCAGCCUUCGCAACCCCGAGUACAAGAUCCUUCUGCGCAAGAGCUACUGGGACUCGGCCUACGAUGACGACGUGAUGGAGCAGCGUGUAGGGCUCAAUUUGCUGUAUGCCCAGACGGUGGCAGACAUCGAGCGGGGCUGGAUUCUGGCCAGCAAGGAGCAGCACCGGCAGCUGAGGUCCCUCCAGGAGAAAGUCUCCAAGAAGGAGUUCAUCCGCUUGGCGCAGACCCUCAAGUACUACGGCUACCUGAAGUUCGAUCCCUGUAUCACAGACUUCCCUGAGAAGGGCUGCCACGUGAUUGUUGGGGCUGGGAACAGCGAGCUCAACUUCCAGGUCAAGCUGCCCAAUGACCAGAUCAAGGAGGGGAGUUUCAAAGUGACACGGAUGCGCUGUUGGCGGGUCACCUCCUCAGUCCCUGUGCACAAUGGGACGUCGGCGCAAGGACCCCCUGCUGGAGGCAAGCCAGAGGUCAAGCUGGAACUGGCCUUUGAGUACUUGAUGAGCAAGGAUCGCUUGCAAUGGGUCACCAUCACCAGCCCGCAGGCCAUCAUGCUGAGCAUCUGCCUGCAGUCCAUGGUGGAUGAACUGAUGGUGAAGAAGUCUGGGGGCAGCAUUCGCAAGGUGUUCCGCAGGCGGGCCAAUGGCGCCACACAGCAGCGCCCCAACAGCCAGCAAACAGCAAAGUCUCCUCUCUUGGAUUCUCCAGAUGCCAGCCGGGAAGCCAUGGCAAAGGUCUCGAACAAACUGGGCUCUGUCAGCCUGCGAGCCAUCACCCAUUCCAGCUCUUCUGCCGACAUUGGGGCCAACGAUUUCCAUGGCAACUACGCCUUCGAGGGCAUUGGUGAUGAGGACCUGUGAGGGCCCUGCUCUGUCGCUUCUCCUCUGUGGAAUGUACAACCUGCUCCUAGGUUGAUGAUCUCCAUGUGCCUCAACCCCAGCUGGCUCUUAAAAGCCCCCUGCCCCAGAAAAGGCAGCCAGCUGGGGGCUUCAGCUCCAUACAUGCCAAAUUAGGGUAGAGUGGACACUGGCGCGCUCCCCAUAGACUCCUCCAGCAUAACCGCUAGGCUUGUAAUCUUGUUUAUCUCCCUGCUGUUUACAGGUAAACAUUAACAAUGUUUGUGACAAUAAUUAAAAAGAUCAUGAUUGGGAACAGGCGUCAUGGUCCUGCCUCCCCCCCAA